UGCCCAUCCUCCUCUCCUCUCACCACGUCAAUUCGCCCGCGUCUCCAUUCCAAACCCCCUCACAAUGUCGCCCGUCUCUGUCUUCCGUGUCGCGACCCGCGCCGUCCGCCCUGCCAGCCUCUUCAGAGCUCCCCAAUUGCCCCGGUCCCGCCUGCAGACCCCGGUUGCUCUCGCUAUCAACCGUCCUGCCUUCAGCACCACCUCCAAGCGUCUGGGCGGCCACCACGAGGAUGAGACAUACGAGGAGUUCUCUGCCAGAUUCGAGAAGGAAUUCGACGGUGUCCAGGAUGUCUUCGAGCUCCAGCGCAACCUGAACAACUGCUUCGCCUACGAUCUCGUCCCUUCCGUUGAGGUCCUCUCCGCCGCUCUCAGGGCCGCUCGCCGCGUCAACGACUUCCCCACCGCUGUCCGCGUCUUCGAGGGUAUCAAGGCCAAGGUCGAGACCCAGGACCAGUACAAGCAAUACCUCGAGGCCCUCGAGGGUCUCCGCCAGGAACUCGGCGUUGCUCUCCGUGAAGAGCUCUACCCCGGCGAGCAGUAAAUAAUCGACCAUAGUCUCGUCAUGCCAAAUCACUUUUUUUGUCCCACUGUGCCAGUCGAUUAGAUAGGAAAGCUGUAUACAUACUCUAGAAUGCAGUUGGAGGAGGUGUCCCCCGUGUCUCUUUGAUGGGUUUGCUCUAUCCCUGUCUUCCGACCGGAGCCCUACUGUCUCGGGGUUUGAAUGGAGGUGCACACGUGCUUUUCUAUACCAGUGCUACUAUUACUAUAAAUCUUGUGAGCAUUUGAUUGUACUCUGUAUUAUUGGAGAUAGUGAAAAUUCAAGCUGAGGGGUUGUUUUGAUGUCCCACUGGACGCAUAAAA